AUGAAGCUAAAACUUGGAAUAAAGAAGUCUUUGGCAAUAUUUUCAGGAAAAAAACAAAGAAUCCUAUCAAGAUUGGAGGGAAUCACCUACAGUCUUUUUUUCAAUCCGAAUCAUUUCUUUGAUAAGAUCCAAAAGAAGCUCUGGCAGGAGUAUGAGGGCAUUGUAGUGCAACAGAAAUUCUAUUGGCAACAGCUAUCAAGGAGUAACAACAUCAAGUUUGGUGAUAAAAAUACUAGAUACUUCCAUCAGAGAGCAAAUGGUAGAAGGAAAAGGAAUAAGAUAACAGCCCUUAAGAAUGAUUCAGGAGAAUGUAUCGAUAAUGUUGAGAAGCUAAAGAGAUGGGGGGUUGAUUUUUUCAAGAUCCUAUACUCUAUGGAUUCAAACUACAAUCUUUUUCCCCUAUCUGGCUGUUUUCCUAAACUUGUUAGCUGGGAUUAUGCUGAUAUUUCAAAAGGGGUCUCUCAAGAGGAAGUUAAAGCUGCCAUUUUUGAUAUGAGAAGCUGA